AUGGGGUACCAAAUUAGACCCUUACAUAUAUCAAGUGAGGCGCCAGAAGUCGUCCACGAGGAACAAUCCCCAUACUUAACUUCACCGGAUAAAUAUUUCGUUCGUUCUUAUUCUGGGAGAAGGGCAUCAAAUCAUCUAAUAUCACCAUUAAAUAAACCAUACGAUAAUAUUCCGCUUCAGGAAUUUCCACCUCCAAGAAGAGCAUACGAUCUUGCACCUUAUAGACCUCCGCCAAAGCAAAAGAAUAAAUUCGGGCUGGUGCCAUUUGUUUUGAUAGCUGUGGUUUCUUUCUUCAUAGGAGGAGGAAUUGGUGGUGGUAUUGGAGGUGUGAUCGGGAAACAUAAUAGUCCGAGCAAAACCUCUAAAUCCGAAUCUACAGGUACAUCUUCAGGAUGCACACCGACCGUAACGGAAAUCGUGGAUUCGGCCGGUUGUCCCAACGUCAACAAUACCACUUACACAACAUCUGCGCCGAGUGUAGAAUUUCGUAUAGCUUGUGCUAUCGACUUGACUUCUCCGCCGGGAGAAGAUAUCGAACUAGCCAACGUCACUACCCCAACUCUAGAAAAUUGUUUGGAAUCAUGCGCACGAUAUAAUAAUGGACAAUGUUUGGCAGCUACUUGGAUACAAUUUUCUCCCAUACAUCCGGAGAUGAACUCGAAAUGUUUCUUUAAAGCGAAUUCUGGGGUUCGCAUACCUUUGAACUCUACCGGGACAGUAGCGACGAGUGGGUUUCGAAUAUCUUGA